CCUCGCGGUGACCGUAGGAGGUGGCAAGACCCAGAGUGCAGGGGUCCAGCUCCAUCCUGCGUGGCGGGCACCUGGGCAGAGCCGUCCUGCAGGACGUGGCUGAGCGGAGACAGGAAGCUGCGAGGCGGGAGAUCAGCGGCGGGAGGAGAGGAUUCCAAGUCCCCGAGUCGUCUCGUCCCCUCCCUGGGUCCCCCAGGCCAGCGCGCCCCGGGGCCUCCUGGCAGCUCGAGCAUCCUUCUUUCAUCCGGCCGCGGGCGGGGCCGGAGGUGGGCGGAUCCGGAGGGUGUAGUGGGCGGGCCCGAAGUGGGCGGGCCCGGGGGCGGGAUCAGCAGGACCGCGGCUGCAGCCAGAGAAAAGUUGUCCUGACCAGCGCAAGAACAGCCGCGGGAGCCGGAGCGCUGCCGGGGGCGGCCCCGGGCAUGGGGCAGCCGGCGCGGGGCCCGGGCUGGCGAUGGGUAGCGUGACAACGGCCACGAUGCGCUCCGAGGGCGCGGCCCCGGGGUGGGCGGCGCGGUACAGGGCGCUGAGCCUGGUGCUGGCCGCGCUGCUGGGCCAAGUGACAGAAGGUCGUGGGGUCAUCGAUAAUAUACAGAGAUUCUCUUCGUUGCCGCCAUACCUGCCCGUGAGCUUCCACAUCCUCAGAGCUGAAACAUCCUUCCUCCUAAAGGAGGCCAACCCUGACCUGCUGCGGAAUGCCAGCCUGCAGUCCAGGGCAGAGUCUUUCUUUACUUACAAGACCAGGCAGCCGCCAGUAUUAAAUGCCAGCUAUGGGCCUUACUCUGCAGAAAAGGUCAUACCUCUGGACUUGAUGUUGAACCCCAACUUUUUAGGUCCAACCAAUAAGUUUCCUUUUGACUGGAGGCUCAAGGCCUACAUCCUCCAGGAGAAAGUCUACCUGAGUCGGCCCAAAGUGCAGGUACUCUUCCACAUCGUAGGCCGAGACUGGGAUGACCACAGGGUGGCGGAGAAGCUGCCCUGCCUGAGGGUCUUUGCUUUCCGAGAUACCCGGGAGGUCCGGGGCAGCUGCCGGCUGGGUGGGGCCCUGGGGCUGUGUGUGGCCCAGCUGGAGAUGCUGCCUGGCUGGUUCAGUCCCCCGACGACCGUGUCUGGGCGCAGGAGGCCCACGGAGCAGUCAGAAGGGAAUCCCGUGGAAUUGUACUACACUCUGCAAUCAGGGGAUGAGCGAGGGGAUUGCACCGGAGGUGAUACCAGGAAGGACAAUGCCAUCCGUCCAGGGAAGGAUGGACAGGAGGACAGGACGUCCCACUUGCAGAAGAUUGGCAGCAUUGGCCUUUACCGCACCCAGGACAGCACCCAGCUCAGCGAACUGCGUUUGGAUGGCAAUGUGGUCAUCUGGCUGCCUUCCCAGCCUGUCAAGCAGGGAGACAUAGUCACUGCCUCUGUUACCAUCUCCAAUAACUCCACUGUGGACCAUUUCAUCCUGAGAGCCAAGGUGAAGAAGGGGGUGAACAUUCUGACCGUGCAGACCAGCGAGCCUCGGCAGUGGGAUGUGAGGCAGGAGGUUGGCAAUGGAGGGAAGCACACCACCACCUCUGUGGCCUGCCAGCGCCUGGGCCCCGGGGCACGCAAUAGAAGCAGCAAUCUAUUCAACGAGGUCAUGCAGAUGAACUUUGAGAUCGCCAGUUUCAGCAGCCUCUCAGGGACACAGCCCAUCACCUGGCAAGUGGAGUACCCGAGGAAGGGGACCACAGACAUCGCUGUGUCCGAGAUCUUCAUCAGCCAGAAGGACCUGGUCGCCAUUGUCCCCCUCGCUAUGGACACCGAACUCCUGAACACAGCCAUCCUCACCGGGAAGACGGUGGCCAUGCCUGUCAGGGUGGUGUCAGUGGAGGAGAACAGCACAGUGAGGGACAUCUCAGAGCUGGUGGAGUGCAAGGCCAUGGAUGAGGAUGUCAUCAAGGUGUCAGACCACUGCGACUACGUCUUUGUCAAUGGCAAAGAAAUCAAAGGCAAGGUGGACUCCGUGGUGAAUUUCACCUACCAGCACCUGAGCGCACCCCUGCAUGUCACCGUGUGGGUGCCACGGCUUCCCCUGCAGAUCGAGGUCUCUGACACAGAACUCAGCCAGGUUAAGGGCUGGCGGGUCCCCAUCGUGGCCAGCAAGAGACCCACUCGGGACAGCGAAGAGGAGGAAGAGGAAGAGCAGAGGGGCCGGGGUUGCGCCCUGCAGUUCCAGCACGCCACAGUGCGCGUCCUCACCCGGUUUGUGUCGGAGGGCGCCGGGCCCUGGGGGCAGCUGAGCCACCUCCUCAGUCCAGACUGGCAGUUUGACAUCACCCACCUGGUCGCUGACUUCAUGAAGCUGGAGUCCCCACACAUAGCCACCCUGCAGGACAGCAGGGUCCUGGUUGGGCGGGAAGUUGGGAUGACCACCAUCCAGGUGUUGUCCCCGUUGUCCGACUCCAUCCUGGCGGAGAAGACCGUGACGGUGCUGGAGGACAAGGUGUCGGUGACAGACUUGGCUGUCCAGGUGGUGGCCGGGCUGUCGGUCACGCUGCACCCCAGCUCGGAGAACGACAAGGCCACCGCGGCCCUGGUCAUGGCGGACGAGCUGCUGCGCGCGCCCAAGCAGGAAGCUAUAGUCAGCACAUGGCUCCAAUUCAGUGACGGCUCAGUGACAUCCCUGGACAUCUAUGACAACAAGGACUUCUCCUUGACUGCCACCUCUUUGGAUGAGGCUGUCGUGUCCAUCCCACAGCCCCUCUCACCUUGGUGGCCCACUGUGGUGGCUGAAGGAGAAGGCCAGGGCCCACUGCUCCGAGUGGACAUGUCCAUCGCUGAGGCCUGUCAGAAAUCCAAACGCAAGAGCGUGCUGGCUGUGGGCAUCGGCCACGUGGGUGUCAAGUUUGGAUGGGACGAUGCUGACUCCAGCCAGACCGGAGAUAAGGAUGAGGAGGGGAUAAAGAACCACGCCAGUGAUCGCCGGCAGAAGAUUCAGGACCUGGAACGCCCAGGCCAGGAUGAACGCUACCAUGGCAAUUCUCCUGGGGAUCGCGAGGAAGGGGCCCUGAUGAGUGCCACCACCACUGCCAAGUCCCUGCUGGAUAACAAAGUAGGGAAGAGUGGUAGACUGGAUGGGGCCAGGCUACACAGCAUCCCCAUAGAUUUCACCAACUUCCCAGCCCAUGUGGACCUCCCCAAGGCCGGGAGCACACUGGAGGAGAAUGGUCUGAUGCAGACCACCCAUGGCCUGAGUGACCUGGAGAUUGGGAUGUAUGCCCUCCUGGGGGUCUUCUGCCUGGCCAUCCUUGUCUUUCUCAUUAACUGUGCCACCUUUGCCUUCAAGUAUAGGCACAAGCAGGUGCCUCUAGAAGGCCAGGCAUCCAUGACCCACUCUCAUGACUGGGUGUGGCUGGGCAAUGAGGCGGAGCUCCUGGAGAACAUUGGGGACGUGUCCCCACCCCAGGAUGAACACACGACCAUCAUAGACCGAGGGCUGGGAGGCUGCGAAGAGAACAACCACCUGCUUCUCAAUGGUGGCUCCCAGAAGCACAUGCAGAGCCAGGUCCACAGGCCACCGGGCUCUGGGGGGCGGCAGGGCAGGGAGCUCAGGCAGGAACCUGCAAACUCACCCACCUCCAAGAUGAAGAAGGUGAAGUUUGCCACCUUCGCCAUCCCGCCCGAGGACAGCUGCCCCACAGUGAACUCCAUCCUCGGUGCCGAAGAGGAUAUCAAGUGGGUUUGCCAGGACCUAGAGGUGGGCGCGUCCAAGGAACUCCGAACCUACCUGGAGAAGUUCCAAGACAACGUGUAGUGCUCUGGCCACCUCUUCCACUUGGACAGUGUCCUCCUUUCUUCCUUCCCUCAGCAGGGUAGCUGGAUGGAGGGAGCUCCCGGUGGGACUGAGUGAGGAUGACCAGAGCCUACAAAAGACCAGCUAGCAGUUUAGAAGUGGGGAAGGGGUGUUUUUAUAUUAAAGGGGUUUUUUUUUAGCCAUUGAGGAUGGGUUCCAGAAGUUUGAAUCUGACUCCGCAGGGAGGCAGAGUGGAUCCAAGACUUCUCUGCUCAGAGGUGAGAGGGUUAUUUUAUGAAUCAAAAUACACUGCAGACAAGCUACCAAAAAUAUUUGUUAAAAAAAAAAUACAAAAAAGAGAAAUAAAAAAGACACAAAUGAC